AUGCCGGCGGAGUGCGGAAAGAAUGUUUCAUGUUGUUGUUGAAAGAGAUACUUGAUCCCAAGUAUGGCAUGUUUGCACACUACCAAGAAACUCGGGCGAUAUGGUUUUCUGAACUAUCGCUCGAGAAACAAGGAAUGUAUUUCUUAAUUGGGUUGCUCUGUGGAUUAGCCAUCUACAAUUUCACCAUCAUCAAUUUACCUUUCCCACUAGUCUUGUACAAGAAGUUGCUGGCCGAGCCGGUUGAAUUAGACGACAUUGGCGGAUUGUGUCCAACGCUUAUGAGGAGCUUGCACUCUUUGCUGGAUUACGAGGGAGAUGACGUCGAAGAUGUUUUUUGCCUUAGUUUUGUGAUGUCGCGCGAGGUUUUUGGAUCGGUUUAAACCGACGAACUGAAACCCGACGGCGCGAAUAUUCUUGUAACUCAAAAGAACAAGUAUGAAAUCCAUUUCGUAGCAAUAAGUUGGAUGAGCUUUUUAACUAUAUUUCUUUCAUUUCCAGACAAGAAUAUGUCAAUUUGUAUGUGGAUCUUAUCUUGAACCAGUCGAUUGCCAAGCAUUUCGACGCCUUUAAUCGUGGCUUUCAUAAAGUCUGCGGUGGAAGAGUUCUCCGGUUAUUCCAGUCGCAUGAGCUCAUGGAUUUAGUUGUUGGUUAGUUUUCAAUCAUUUAAAACAACCUAUAUUAUUGGCGGAUGAUUUAUCAUUUCC